UCCCGCCUGCUGCUGGGCCUGCUGCUGGCCCCACUGCCCGGGCGCCCCCUGCAGAGCGGCGCCUGCCCGCAGCUGUGCGUGUGCGAGGUCCGGCCCUGGUUCACCCCGCAGUCCACCUACAGGGAGGCCAGCACGGUGGACUGCAACGACCUGCGCCUCACCCGCAUCCCCGGCAACCUGUCCAGCGACACGCAGGUGCUGCUCCUGCAGAGCAACAGCAUCGCCCGGACGGCGGACGAGCUGCAGCAGCUCUUCAACCUCACCGAGCUCGACUUCUCGCAGAACAACUUCAGCAGCAUCCGGGAGGUGGGCCUGGCCAACCUGUCGCAGCUCACCACCCUGCACCUGGAGGAGAACCAGAUCGCCGAGAUGACGGACGGCUGCCUGCGGGGCCUCAGCAGCCUGCAGGAGCUCUACAUCAACCACAACCAGAUCAGCGCCAUCUCCGCGCGCGCCUUCGCCGGCCUGCACAACCUCCUGCGGCUGCACCUGAACUCCAACAGGCUGAAGGUGAUCGACAGCCGCUGGUUCGACGCCACGCCCAACCUGGAGAUCCUCAUGAUCGGCGAGAACCCCGUGAUCGGGAUCCUGGACAUGAACUUCAGGCCCCUCGCCAACCUGAGGAGCUUGGUCCUGGCGGGGAUGUACCUCACCGACGUCCCCGGGAACGCCCUGGUGGGCCUGGACAGCCUCGAGAGCCUGUCGUUUUACGACAACAGGCUGGUCAGGGUGCCCCAGCCGGCCCUGCAGAAAGUCCCAAAUUUGAAAUUCUUAGACCUGAACAAGAACCCCAUCCACAAAAUCCAGGAGGGGGACUUCAGGAACAUGCUCCGGCUGAAAGAGCUGGGGCUCAACAACAUGGGCGAGCUGGUGUCCGUGGACCGCUACGCGCUGGACAACCUGCCCGAGCUCACCAAGCUGGAAGCCACCAACAACCCCAAGCUCUCCUACAUCCACCGCCUGGCCUUCCGAAGCGUCCCCGCCCUGGAGAGCCUGAUGCUCAACAACAACGCCCUGAACGCCGUCUACCAGAAGACGGUGGAGUCGCUGCCCAACCUGCGCGAGAUCAGCAUCCACAGCAACCCCCUGCGGUGCGACUGUGUCAUCCGCUGGGUGGCCUCCAACAAGACAAGCAUCCGCUUCAUGGAGCCGCUGUCCAUGUUCUGCGCCACACCGCCCGAGCACCGGGGCCGGCAGGUGAAGGAGGUCCUGGUCCAGGACUCGGGCGACCAGUGCCUCCCCAUGAUCGCGCACAACACCUUCCCGAGCCACCUGAACGCGGAGGUCGGCGCCACGGUCCUCCUGGACUGUCGGGCGAUGGCCGAGCCAGAGCCCGAAAUCUACUGGGUCACCCCCCUCGGGAACGAGGUAACUGCGGAAACGCCGUCCGACAGGUACAAGCUGAGCAGCGAAGGCACCUUGGAAAUCUCUGACAUACGAACCGAAGACUCGGGGAGAUACACCUGCGUCGCGCAGAACGCCGAAGGGGCGGACACGCGCGUGGCGACCGUCAAGGUGAACGGGACCCUCCUGGAUGGGGCCCAGGUGCUCAAAAUAUACGUGAAGCAGACGGAAUCCCACUCCAUUUUGGUCUCCUGGAAAGUGAACCCCAACGUGAUGACGUCGAACCUGAAGUGGUCGUCGGCCACCAUGAAGAUCGACAACCCACACAUCACCUACACGGCCCGGGUGCCCGUGGACGUCCACGAGUACAACCUCACGCACCUGCAGCCCUCCACCGACUACGAGGUGUGCCUCACCGUGUCCAGCAUCCACCAGCAGACCCAGAAGUCGUGCGUCAACGUCACCACCAAGACCGCGGCCUUCGCGCUGGACAUCUCCGACCAGGAGGCCAGCACGGCCCUGGCCGCCGUCAUGGGGUCCGUGUUCGCCGUCGUCAGCCUGGCCUCCACGGCCGUGUACGUCGCGAGAAGGUUUAAGAGGAAAAAUUACCACCAUUCCUUAAAAAAGUACAUGCAGAAGACGUCCUCGAUCCCCCUGAACGAGCUGUAUCCCCCGCUCAUCAACCUCUGGGAAGGUGACAGUGACAAAGACAAAGACGGGUCGGCGGAGACCAAGCCCACGCAGGUGGACACGUCCAGAAGCUACUACAUGUGGUGACUCGGCGGUUUCGCUUCGGGCAGCAAGGAGCACAAAGACGUUUUUGCUUUUGUUCUGCAAAGGUAACAGGUGGGAGACUUUUGUAUUUUUGACUUGGCUGGCUCGUGGCGGAGCGGCGAGGACGGGUGGAUAUUUCCGAUUUUUUUAGUAUAGCGUCUCGCAAGCGUCUGACACGGCCGACGGCGGGCCCCGGCUUCCGGUGUGUGUUUGCUUUUUUAAUUUUUAUCAUUAUUAGGAUGAUUAUUAUAUGAUGAUGAUGAUUUUGUUUUAGUUGCCGUGCUAAACCCCAUAAUGCUGUUCUAACUACCGUGCUCCGUAAAACGACCAAUGACAGGUUGGGGUCCCCGCGCUUUCACCAGGAGCGUGACCCCCUCCUCUUCUGAAGCCAUCGGCAGGAAGCCCCGUGUCCUCCAAAGAGCUGGCAGCGCCGGUGGCAGCAUCGAACCUCCGCAGCCGUCGGCCUCGGGACCCGGCCUCGAGCGCCGAGGCGAGACGUGGUGCCCGUGCUGAGUGACGUUAGCUGACUUCACUGUAACGUUGUAUCAACUGGACGGAACGUUUGCCUUCGAACAAUGACUUUUCUUUUUUGUAAUAGUUUAAAACAACAGCUUAGAACAAGCUAACAGGCAAUAGAAACAUGUAUAUCAGGUUUUUUUAAUGUAACAAACUCCACGUUACUUGUUACCUUCUUUUUAUCUUUAGUAGACACUUUUAAAAGGAAAGACAAUGAUUUUUGUUGUGUUUAACUCACCAACAUGUGGUGUAUAAUGAAGACAGAACUAUAAUAAAUUAGUUUUGUUCUGAUUUUUUAGAACACUGGCAAUAAUGUAUCAUUUAUAGCUCUUGCUGGCGGUGCGGUGAUAUUUUUUUUCACACCCCUGAAACCAACCACCAAAAUAAACCAGCUGCAGCGCGAUGCUGUAGCCCUUCAAACGCU